UUUGAAAAACAACCAGAAGUGUAAUUUGCCUGCGUAUUGUAGCGCUUGUCGUUUUCUCUACGAGAGCGUCUUCUUGAGUCUUGAAUUACUGAAGAUGCCGCAGACUAAUUCCUGUUUAACAAGCCGUGUUAACAUAAGGCUAGAGAGAUAAAAGAACGGCAUUAUUAAGCAGAUAGAGGUGAUGUGUUGUGUAUCCUGAAAUCCACUCUCGAAAGACAAAAUGAAGCGGAGGCUCCUUCGGGGUUUCUUGUCAGAGAUCUCCGUCCGCUUGGUGCUCUUUGUGGUUUUCCUAGUGACGGAGCAGCUUCCCCCUUUCUAUCGUGAGAUCCAACCAGAGGAGAUGUGGUUGUAUAAAUUUCACAGGGCGCAGCAGGAUCACGUCCCCACAUCACUCAUGUUUAGCAUCGCUGUCUUUACGCCGCUGAUUGUCAUCCUGGUUUUUACCUUCAUGACAAAGUCAGAGCGAGGGGACGCAAAAGAAGCAUUACUGGGCGUGACUUUGACUCUGGUGCUCAACGGCGUCUUCACUAAUGUCAUCAAACUAGCUGUUGGCAGGCCCAGGCCGGACUUCUUCUACCGAUGUUUCCCAGACGGGCAGAUGAACCUGGAGCUGCGCUGCACGGGCAACCCAGACGUGGUCAUGGAGGGCAGAAAGAGCUUUCCCAGUGGCCACUCAUCAUUUGCUUUUGCCGGGCUGGGCUUUACUGCCUUCUUCAUUGCCGGAAAGCUGCGAUGCUUCAACACAGCAGGCCAAGGCAGAGCGUGGAGGCUCUGCGCGUUCCUUACCCCUUUAAUUGUAGCGCUGACGAUCGCUCUCUCCAGAACCUGCGACUACAAACACCACUGGCAAGACGUGUUGGUGGGCUCUCUGCUGGGCCUGUCAUUCGCCUGGCUGUGCUACAGGCAGCACUACCCUGCACUUCACGAACCAGACUGCCACCGACCCCUGAGUCACAGAGAGGGUAUCCCUGCUGCACAGGAACGCAAGCUGGCCAACUCCAACUACAUCCUGCCCCUGUGAACAACAAACUGCAUCCUUUUUACUGGAGGCUGGGUAUCAUUUGCACCAUCAUGGAUGGAUGAAUGAAAUGUAAAGGGUGGUACAUGGGUUAUUUUCUUCACUAAAUGGACACAUGGAGUAGGAGACUUGGUCAAACAACCAUGGUAACCACCCAUAGAGAGCCCACUAUCUCUGUUGGUGAUCCCAAAGGAUGAUUUUAUUUCAUAUCAGUAAUUAUAUGAUAAAGAUGGAGUGUAACACUUUUAUCUCAAUAUUUAAUCUUAAAUCAUGAUGUCAAUAUAUUUGUGUAAUUAUGAAAUGGUCAGUGGAUAAAAUAACAUUAACGUCAUAGAUUGCUGGUGGCCAAUCUAACUAACACCGGCGUUUUGCUUAGGACCUGGGACAAUUAAGGACAUGUUAGUGCCCAUAGAAACUGGUUUGGAAAAAAAACAAUACAUAAGUAUGUUGUCGGGGAAAAACAGCUCUCCCUUUUAAAAUUCGGCUGCUUUCACUUAUUAUUUGCCGGAGACUUACAAGUCAUUGUUACUUUUGUGUAACUUGUGUUUUCUUAGGAAAUAUUUGCCCAACUGCAGAGAUAAGCAGGCAUAAUCAACUGAUGCAUCUCAUAUAAAUAGCACUAACAGCUCUUGUUGAAUAGGGAAAUCACAUUCACAUUCCUGCCUCAAUAUCAUGAUCUUCCUGUUUAUUUCCAAUAGAACCCUCACUUGAUUGGACUAUUCCUGAAAUAUUUUCCAACAGAAAUAACCUCAACUGUAUGUUUUUGCCAGUGUUUUGUUUGCAUAUCUGCGUCAGUCUGUUAGCAGUGUAACUGAUUUCAGCAGGAAAAAAACAAGACAACAGUCCAGCUGUGACUAUUGUCACAAUGUUAACACAAAGAAAAUAGAUAUGUGUGACACAUACAGACUUUAUUUGGAGUUACUUAUUUUCCAUGGUGCUAGCAUCCCAGUGCUCCUGCUGGUCAGGGUUCAUAUUCUGUGCAUAUUUGUCAGCAAUUAGAUUUUCAACAAUUUCAUGUAAGAGAAGGAGCAUACAUUAUGUUGUAUUUUUAUUUUAUUUUUUUAUUAUCUUUGUUUUAUUUUAUUAGAACGUUGAGAAGAAAAUAACCAAACUGUUUUUGUGUGAAACCCGCCAAAGUUUGCAGGGUAAAAGCAUUUUGCUAGUCACUGUGAACCCAACUUUAGUCAGCUGGUUCACAGCGGCUUUCAUGACAAAACUUGGCCGGGAUUUAGUGCCUUUUUAAAAAAUUUGUUUUCAGGUUUUCUUCUGCAACUUCACUUAUGUUUUGUCAAUGUGAAUGAUAAAGAUGAUGAUUAUUACCUAAAUGUGGCAUGCAUACAGUACAUACUUUUUUUCUUGGUAAAUGCAAUUAUUUCUUGGUAAUAAAUUAGAUUACCGUUUUUUUCACCGUAAAGAUGAUUUUUCACAUUAGAUCUAGCUUUGCAGUUUUUUUAAUGAGAUGAUAGUGUUGUAUGUAAUUUAUAGCUUGCAUGAGUCUUACUUGAAUUUUCAGUGUUUGCUCGAAAUGUGAUCAUGUUAGGCACACAGGUUUCUGGGCUAGAUUGUUAGAAAAUACAAUGGUUGCUUGUUUCCUAAUGUAACAUUUGUUUCCUCAUUGAUCAGAGGUUAUACAAAUCAAAACAUUCCUGUUAUUUUUCAGAAAGGUUUCAUGGGAUGUUGAUUUUGUCCGUCCUGAUACUGUUUUGUCAAGUACAAUUUUGCUUUUUUUAGUCAGGCACAUCUUUUUUUUGUUUCGGUUGUAUGACCAUGUAGCAUUUAAUGCACAUUUGCCUGAUUUAAAUAUGCUGUGAUGUCUUUUGGUCAAACUAAAUACUGUUUCUAGGGGUAUUUGCUUAUAUUUGUUCUUAUUUUAACUUGUCUCAGUCUUUGCUACACGCGUACACUCACUGUACACCUAAUUAGGUACACUUGCACGAUCUAAUGAUAUUCUCUACUUUAAUAAGAUAUAUCAUGUUAAAUUAUGAUUCUCAUUUGAAAGAGCAGGAGUGGCUAAUGUUGUGGCUGUAGCUAUAUGAUGCAUAAUGUACAAAACCCAAAACCAGUGAAGUUGGCAUGUUGUAAAAAUUGUGAAUAAAAACAGAAUACAAUAAUUUGCAAAUACUUUUCAACUUAUAUUCAAUUGAAUACACUGCAAAGACAAUAUAUAUAAUGUUCGAACUGAGUAACAUUUUUUUUUUUUUUUACAAAUAAGCAUUACCUUAGAAUUUAAUAGUAGCAACACAUUGCAAAAAAGUUGAAACAGGGGCAUUUUUACCACUGUGUUACAUGGCCUUUCCUUUUAACAACACUCAGUAAAUGUUUGGGAACUGAGGAAACCAAUUUUUGAAUCUUUUCAGGUGGAAUUCUUUCCCAUUCUUGCUUGAUGUACAGCUUAAGUUGUUCAACAGUCCGGGGUCUCCGUUGUCAUAUUUUAGGCUUCAUUUUGCGCCACACAUUUUCAAUGGAAGACAAGUCUGGACUACAGACAGGCCAGUCUAGUACCUGCACUCUUUUACUAUGAAGCCACGCUGUUGUAACACGUGGCUUGGCAUUGUCUUGCUGAAAUAAGCAGGGGCGUCCAUGAUAACAAUGCUUGGAUGGCAACAUAUGUUGCUCCAAAACCUGUAU